AUGGGAGCCGCGAUCUCGCGGUGGGGGAGGGCGCGAAAAAUUUUUACUUUUUUUUUUUUGAAUUUUGACCGCGGUCCCGGACUCUCCGACGUCGGAACCCCGCGACUCGAUGGGAGCCGCGAUCUCGCGGUUUCGGGUGGAGGUGGGGGAGGGCGCGAAAAAAUUUUUUUUUUUUUCGGAAUAUUGACCGCGGUCGGAGACUCUCCGACGUCGGAACCCCGCGACUCGAUGGGAGCCGCGAUCUCGCGGUUUCGGGUGGAGACUCUCCGACGUCGGAACCCCGCGACUCGAUGGGAGCCGCGAUCUCGCGGUUUCGGAUGGAGGUGGGGGAGGGCGCGAAAAAUUUUUACUUUUUUUUUUUUGAAUUUUGACCGCGGUCGGAGACUCUCCGACGUCGGAACCCCGCGACUCGAUGGGAGCCGCGAUCUCGCGGUUUCGGGUGGAGGUGGGGGAGGGCGCGAAAAAAUUUUUUUUUUUUUCGGAAUAUUGACCGCGGUCGGAGACUCUCCGACGUCGGAACCCCGCGACUCGAUGGGAGCCGCGAUCUCGCGACUCUCCGACGUCGGAACCCCGCGACUCGAUGGGAGCCGCGAUCUCGCGGUUUCGGAUGGAGGUGGGGGAGGGCGCGAAAAAUUUUUACUUUUUUUUUUCGGAAUUUUGACCGCGGUCGGAGACUCUCCGACGUCGGAACCCCGCGACUCGAUGGGAGCCGCGAUCUCGCGGUUUCGGGUGGAGGUGGGGGAGGGCGCGAAAAAUUUUUACUUUUUUUUUUUUGAAUUUUGA